UCUGCUCUGCUCUCCCCGCCUCGCUCUUCCUGCUUCCGAGUGUCCGUCUGCGCUUCUUGUUCUGCUCUGUUACUGACGACAGAAGCACUGCCGGCUUUUGUCUGUUAUUCGCAUCUUCCGCGCGAUUGUUGUUGACGACCGAGAGGCGGAAAAGCAAAAAGAGUCUCGUUCGUUUACCCACUGCUGCCAUCACCACCACCACCAACUCUUCGUUCGCUGCUCAAUUAGAUUCACAUUGUUGUAAUGGGUUUGCUCUCAUUGGGAACCCCACUGCCGUGGAAAGAAGUCGAGAAGUACGCGAGCCAUGUGCGCGAGCAUGGAAUCACCCAAUUCUUGCAUAUAUGGAAUAAUACCAAGGAUAAGAAAGGAAAUAUCCUUCUCUGGGGUGAUGAGGUCGAGUAUAUGGUCGUCUCCUACGACGACGAGAAAAAGAAUGCCCUGCUUUCUCUGCGACAGGCGCAGAUCCUGCACGACUUGGAAGAAAACGAAAUCAAGCAGCGCAAGAUCGAAGAUGCCGAGGGUGUUGAACCCAACCAGCGCAUUCCAACAUUCCACCCCGAAUACGGUCGCUACAUGCUCGAGGCUACCCCCGGCUAUCCCUACACCGCCUCGUUCGACGACCUGCUCAACGUAGAGCGCAACAUGGAGCGACGGCGGACGAUUGCGAUUGCGAAUCUGCUGCCGAACGAGUUCCCCGUGACGCUGGCGUCGUACCCGCGACUAGGCGCGCCGGGCCAGUUCACGGACCCGUACUAUCCGCCGACGGGGCCUGCGAGUCGGUCGUUUUUCCUCCCGGAUGAGCUGAUUAACCCCCACGCGCGGUUCCCGACGUUGACGGCGAAUAUUCGUGAGCGGCGAGGGUCGAAGGUUGCUAUCAAUGUGCCGAUUUUCAAGGAUGAGAAGACGCCGAGUCCGUUUAUUGACCCCACGAUCCCGGUUGACCGCGAUCUCUACCCCGAGGACGCGAACGCAAAGGACGGGGCAGCGCUGGCGGACCAUAUUUAUAUGGACAGCAUGGGGUUCGGCAUGGGCUGCUGCUGCUUGCAAAUCACGUUUCAGGCGACUGAUAUCGACGAGGCGCGUCGGCUGUACGACCAGCUCGCGCCGCUGAGUCCGAUCUUUUUGGCGCUGACGGCGGCGAGUCCGGCGUGGAGAGGGUACCUGAGCGACCAGGACUGUCGGUGGAACGUGAUUGCCGGGAGCGUGGACGACCGGACUGAGGAAGAGCGCGGGCUGAAGCCGUUGCAGAAGAACCGGUUUGUGAUUCCAAAGUCGCGGUAUGAUUCGAUUGAUUGCUAUAUUUCGCGAGGGGCGGAGUAUAGGGAGGAGUACAAUGACAUCGAGCUUGUGAAGGAUGACGAGAUCAAGAAGAUGCUGACGGACGCGGGCGUGGACGACGCGCUGGCGAAUCACUACGCGCAUCUGUUUAUCCGAGACCCGAUCGUUGUGUUUUCGGAGCUCGUGAACCAGGACGACGCGAACUCGUCUGAUCAUUUCGAGAAUAUCCAGUCGACGAACUGGCAGACGAUGCGGUUCAAGCCGCCGCCGCCGGGAUCGGGGAUUGGCUGGCGCGUGGAGUUCCGGAGUAUGGAGAUCCAGAUCACUGACUUCGAGAACGCGGCGUUUGCGAUUUUCAUUGUGUUGCUGACGCGGGUGAUUUUGUCGUACAAAUUGAAUUUCUAUCUGCCGAUCUCGAAAGUGGAUGAGAAUAUGAAGGUCGCGCAUUAUCGGGACGCGGUGUUGAAUGAGAAGUUUUAUUUCCGCAAGGAUGUGUUUGCGCGGGAGGAAAGCCAUUCGGAGGAGGUGCCGGUGGAGGAGGAGUAUAGGCUAAUGACGAUGAGCGAGAUCAUCAACGGCAAGAAGGGAGACGGGGAGGAGUUUCCGGGACUAGUGCCGCUAGUGCAGAGUUAUCUUGACCGGAUGUCGAUUGAUGUGGACACGCGGUGCCGGCUGAAUGCGUACAUGGAGCUGAUUUCGAAGCGGGCGAGCGGCGAGCUUUGCACGGCUGCGAGUUGGAUGCGCGGGUUUAUUCGCGGGCAUGAGGCGUAUAAGUUUGACUCUGUGGUGAGCGCGGAGAUUAACUAUGAUCUGGUGAAGAUGGUCGAGAAGUUGACAAAGGGAGAGGAGUGGGAUGGCGUUGGCGCGUCGCUUUUGGGGGGGUUGGCGGGAGGGCGGUAGUGUAGAUGCUAGAAGUAGAAGUAGAAGUAGAAGUGGAAGUGGAAGUGGAAGUUCUGCAUGGCGAGUUGAGAUGUACUAUAUACAGCAUUUGGUAGAACGAUGGUUGAUUAGACUGCUAUGCAUUCUUUGAUAUAUGAUAGUAUAUAGAAUAAUAAGAAAUCGAUUUUAUGAGUUUUUUUUGAUGCAGCUAGUAUAUGUACAAAAUCAAAAACGCACGA